AUGGCAGCAGACUCAAAUUUUAUGAAAGAUGGUGACAGCGAUCUGAACCCUAAACAUCUCGGGUGGAUGCGCGUCGCGAUGUCAAUGGCCGAGGAAGCGCUCGAAGCCAGCGAAGUGCCCGUUGGGUGUGUGUUUGUCAGGGACGGCCGGGCUAUUGCUAGAGCUCGUAACCGGACAAACGAGCUGCGAAACGCUACCCGACACGCAGAACUCGAGGCCAUCGACGAAAUUCUUGCCGAUAAGACUCUCACGCCAGAGGUAACGCAGUACCCGUUGUCGGACACAACCCUCUAUGUCACUGUCGAGCCUUGCAUCAUGUGUGCGUCAGCCCUCCGACAAACGGGAAUUAAAGAAGUAUUCUACGGGUGCCAGAACGAUAGGUUUGGUGGGUGUGGGAGCGUGCUCGGGGUAAAUGGCGAAGUACCCCAUCCUAGGCAUCCUGCGUAUAAAGCUUUCAGUGGUUAUAUGCGGGACGAGGCGAUCAUGGUCUUGCGCAAAUUCUACGUCACUGAGAAUGUUAAUGCGCCUGUGCCAAAGUCCAAAGCAAAUCGGGUCUUGAAAACUGAAAUCCCUUCACGAGCCUCCCCAAAGCCACAGGACGUGGUGAACAGUUGA